UGUACAUUGUUUGUUGGCAGUGGAAGAUUGCCAGAAAAGCUUUGAUUCAGCCAAUGUGUAAUCUACACUGUACAUGUAUAAUAAAAGGAUCUCAAUCUGUCUGUCCAUGAACAGACUUCAGCUAAAGUAGGCUUAGAGUGUUGUUUUUUUCCUUCAGAUUGCUAAUCAGUUGAUUUGUUUUGUUUUUCCCUUUUCUUUCAUCACUUUUCAUUUUUCUUCUCAAACUUGUCAUGGAUUGCAAUUUCAAUUGUGGACAAAUUGAAGGCUUGGUGGGGUUGGCCUUCUCGGCAUCUAUGGGAAUUCUUAUGAUUGUACUUGCAUGUGCAAUUCCUGGUUUUGGCCAAGUAUGGUGGCCCAUGUUUGUCCUGGUAUUCUAUAUUCUAUGCCCAAUCCCUAUGUUGAUCAGUAAGCGACUAGCCAGCUCGGAUAGCAUCGGUGCCACCAGCAGUGCGCUACAAGAGCUCUGUGUUUUCUUGACGUCAGGCAUCGUGAUGUCAGCGUAUGGUCUACCCAUGGUCCUCAUGCACGUUGGAACGUUAACAUACCAAGCCCUCCUUCUGGUUCUAUUUGGCAACACGUGGAGCUUCAUCACUAUUCUCAUCUUCUUCAGAAUAUUCCGACAAGACGAUGAUUUUGAGUUCCAGGCUUGGUGAAAAAUAGCUGGUUCACUAAUAAUUGUUUCAAAAAGUCCUUAAUAUAGAUCCAUGGGCAUUCAUUGACUGUUGUAAGAAAGGAUUUUCUGUUCGGCGUCCCCAAGCCCUCGAAGCCAAACCUGAAUAACCUUAUACUGUAUUCUCAUUAAAACAUGGAAAACUGUGUGUACAUGUAGGAUUGUGCUUCAAGAAGCAAUCGUAUAAAUCUUUGCUCUAAUUGGAAAUAAUACUUCUGCCCUACUUUUACAUCAUGAAGAAAUUGACAAAUAUUUUACACAAAUUGUGCAUCAUCAAAAAUUAAGAGAUGGACAGGAAUGUCUUGGUUAAUUCUUAACAUUCUAAUCCCUUGAUAUUGUUUCCUUCAAAUUAUUACAUAUAUCGAAUGAACCUUGCUUCUUUUUGUUAGAGUAGGGCACAGUUCUAUAUUGCCAAAUGGAACAACUCCACUGUAAUUGGUGUAAUUUUUAUGAUAUAAGACAAACAUUAACUGCCAUAAAUGUUUUGUAGGAUUAAAUGAUGCAGCAAAUGACCAUGUAGGCACUUAAUUUAUGACUUUUGUUCAUUGGCAUGGCAAGAUAUUUAUGUAUCAUUGUACAAAAUGUAUAUUCACAUUAAUGUAAAUUGUUGCCAGAGUUGUUACAGUCAUCCUGUGAUGUAUAUAUACAGGAGGGCAAGAAAAAGUAUGCUGAUAAUUUAUAUAUUUAUGUGUAAAACAUUGCAAUCUCCUUACUUUGCUAUGAUUCUGCUGUUGAAUGUACAUGUAGAUUUGCUAUUUGAAUGCUUCAGCCAGAUAGGUUUAAAUGAAACCUAUUGUUGAAAAGAUAUAUUACGUGUAACUUAAUAAGCAUGGCCUGAAAAUGAAAAAGGUCGAGAGUAAAUUAUUCUUAAUACGAUACUUCUACCCCAUUUUGUCCUCUUUUUGUUUGCAAGCAGAGCCUGAUACUACAUACAGAAUUUGCACAAUUUUAAUCAACAAUUGAAGGGUAUUCUAUAUUAAGUGUGUUUCUUACCAUGAGCAUGUGUUAUCAAACACGUCUGAGCCUUUUUUAUACAUAAACAUUAAUUAUAUGUGUUUCAAUCAGCCGACAAAUUGAAGAAGAAAACAAAAUAUUCAUAUUUCAUGUAUAUGUAACUGUGGCCCCCCAAAAUGCCAAUUGUGAAGGCUUGCCUGUUAUAGACCAUUAACAAUGGUGGUUUACAUAUCAUCUGUUUGAAGCCCAAAAGGUUUCAACACAUUGCCUAUGAGAACCAGGGCAUCGUUUCACAAAACCAUCAUAAGUUCAA